ACAAGAGCGCAUGCGUCGUGUGUGAAGCGGAAGCAGGCUUCAGGCAUCAUGUCGAUAGAGGACCCGUUUUUCGUUGUAAAGGGGGAGGUGCAGAAGGCCCUCUCUCGUGCGCGUGGCCUGUUCGACAGGUGGGAGGAACUGUUGCAGGAUGGGACACAGGUGAGUCGUGAUGAGCUGGACUGGAGCGCCAAUGAGCUGAGGAAUUGUCUGAGGGCCAUAGACUGGGACUUGGAGGACCUCAGUGAAACCAUCAGCAUUGUGGAGUCAAACCCAGGGAAGUUCAGGUUGGGGGACAAUGAGCUUCAGGAGAGGAGAGACUUUGUGGAAAGAACCAGGAAAUCUGUUCAGGAGAUGAAGGAUCAGUUGUCCAGCCCCUCUGCUGUGGCUCAGGCAGAGAAGAAGAACAGACAGGCUCUGCUGGCUUCAACGGGCCAGGACAGGUCAACAGGACUGGAGGCUCAUCUGGUGUCAGCAAACUCCAGAUACAUCCAGGAGCAGCAGGAACAACAGCAGCUGAUCAUGCAGGAACAAGACGAGCAGCUGGAGUUGGUGUCAGGCAGCAUCAGAGUCCUCAAAGACAUGUCUGGACGCAUCGGAGACGAACUCGACGAGCAGGCCGUCAUGUUGGGGGACUUUGGAGAUGAGAUGGACCAGACGUCGUCCCGCAUGGACUCCGUCCUGAAGAAGCUGGAGAAAGUGUCCCACAUGACCAGCAGUCGGAGGCAGUGGUGUGCCAUCGGUGUGCUGGUCGCCAUCAUGAUCGUGGUCCUCAUCCUUUUCUUUGCACUCUGAUGUCAGCGACUUCUGACCUUUUGACUCUGUUCACUGACUCCUCCCUGCCAGGACGGACGGAUACAGAUGGACCAGAGAUGUCUCUCCUCCUCGCUCUUCCAUCAUUUUCUUUCUUCACAUUGAGGAGUAACUGGUGACCCGCAGAGUAAAGUUAGGAUGUUCUCCUCCACUCUGCUUUUAAUGGUUCUAGUGGGGGAAAAAACCAGCUGGCAGGUGUCAGCGGUGGAGUUUAGCGAGGGGGAAACCCUGCAGGUGUUUCAUACUGGUCCAAUCUGGCUCUUACUAGAAAUAAUGGUACUACUGGAUGCUGCUGCUGUUGGGUUAAAAACACAAGAAGAACGCUUCACAAAUCAACUUGCAUUCAAGAUAUUUUCAAAUCAAGAAAAUUGAGAUUUCCUAAAGUGCUCAAUAGCAGUAAAAAUGUGUUGAUGUUGAUGAAUGAGUGAACAUCUUUAGGUGGAGAGAAACAGACUAAAUGUGUCAGAACAGCUGAUGUGACAUCAUUUCAGCAGGGGUGUGAAAUCUGCUUCUUGGCAGGUUUACUGAGUGAAAAGUACUGAUUUAAGAACUCUUCAAUCAAUGAAAAUGUUUUUUUUGUGUUUUUUUUUUGCCCACAGGAGUUGUGUAGGAGGGAGGAGGUCGGGGUGGGGUUUUUCAGCAUUGCCUUAAAUAUAUUUUUAUACCAUUUUGAAAUGUGCAGUAUGUUCAUGUGCCUACACGUGAGUCGCAGAGGGAAAUUAACUCUUAACUAGCAGUUCAGUCAGGAGUUGGGGAAGCUUUGGCGGUUUCUUCUCCAGUCCGACACCACAGCAGCUGAUUUCACUGAACAUAUUUCAGCUGAAGGAGAGCUGUGAGUGGCUGCUGAAGACAGCUGCUGUGGUGAUGGAUGCUGCUGCUCAUCUGCCAGACACUUUGUCAGAAACGUUGGACAGAAAUGGUUCAUUUCCUGUCCUGAUUGUGAUCCGUCUCAGCGAGGUGAAGUCAGGUCUGCAGCCGGCCGCCUUCACACUCCUGCAGACGUUAAAGCACACGAUUGGCCGAGGCUUUGUUCUUCUGGCUGGGUGAUGAGAGACAACCUUGGCUCAGAGCGAAUGGGUUUGCCUCUUUUAUUGAGAAGCUUCAGCUAAUGAGAGGAGGAAUAGUUGCUGGGCAGGAUGGCUCCACACACAGCCCAGAGUCAGGCCUAUAGCUCCCUCUGCUGGAGGCCUGCGGUCAUGUUCUCACAGUCCAGUGUUGCUGCGCUGUGUAAAUACAAAAUAAUGCUUUAACUGGAUUGUUCUGUGUAGAUGGACAUUGUUCUUGUGAAAGCUUUAUGCAGACUCAAUUUUAUUUUAACCCAAAUAUCCUGAUUCAAGCUGUCAACUUGUUGGUUAAAGAGAAAAUUCCAAACAUAGUUAUAAGGCUUUUUUUUUUUUUUUUUUUUUUAAACUAAAGGUGUCAGAGGUCAGAUACCUUUUGCUCAACGCAUUAAGAGUUAGUGAUGGAGGCUCCCUUCCUGCCACAGCUUUUUACAUUUUACUCCUGUCAGUAGUUAAUGUGUGCUUUUAAUGUGCUUUUACAUAUUCAAGCCGUCGCUCCUUAAAUGCUUCAGAGGGGAAAAUGAACUAAAAACUUAGCAAAUGGUUGCAUAAAUGAAGCACUCAUGUGGUUUCCUCUCAGUUAUGUGUCACUGUUAGACCUCUAUAAGCCUAAUGUAUAUCUAUGAAGGUGAAGACAUCAGGGAAAGGGUUAGGAUUUUUAAAAAAGAAACUGCAUUUGCUGUUUCAAUUCAACCUGAUGAGAGAUGUUACAUAAUAUGCAGUAGUAUCACAUGUGUACUUCGCUGAUGAGCCGAGUUUUCUUUUGUUUGUUACCAGAUCUGGGAUGUAAAAAUGCUCGGAGUGUUUUGCAGAAUCGAUGGUAUUCAGGCAGUGAAAAUUGUGACAGAACUGAACAUUGAUUUUGCAGUGUUCUCAACAUUAAGGCAGUCAUUGUGGAGGUCCUUGCCAACAAAUCUGUUCUGAGCAAAUUAAAGCAAGACUUUGCAGCUCU